UUCCUGUCUUUCUUUUUCAUUUGCUCUUUCGCUCUCUUUUUCAAUUUUGGUACAUUUCCCCCACAAAAUUCCUUCUUCAGUCUUCCAUUUCUAUCCCUCGCUGUCCGAAACUCAAACCUGCCCAGUUUCAGUUUUUCUUGAUCGGUUGGAGUUUUGGGUCUGGUUCUUGCACAGCGAGGCUGGUGGCGGCGUGGGGAAGGAGGAAAGUAGUAAAGCGAAUGGAGGGUGUUUGAGCACAGCACUAACAGAGGAGGGGUUGAAUGAAGCGCAGAGGAGAGGACCGAAAGUAGCAACAGAAUCUGAAAUGGGUAUCUUACUAUCUUUCUCUUAGCUACUUUAAACUAGGUGUUGCAUUGUGUGUGUGUCUCUCUCCUUCCUUCUGGUUCUCCUCUGUGAUGACAUCUCAGCUCCUCUGACUAGGGUUUUGAAUGGGCAUAUUUAUUGUCCUGAAAUCAAUGUUCUUUUGUUUGCUUGUUUGACUGAUUCUUCCUUCGAGGCCCUCCUUUUUCAGCUUUUUCCUUGGUUCUCUCCCUGAGCUUUCUUUUUCUCGGCGUAUCUUUCGUCUUGGGAGUUGUUUCCUUCUGGUUCAAUUCUUAGUACUAAAACUGCAAGUCCAGCGCUGGGUUGCUUUGGAAUUGGUAACUUUCCCCAACCAGAUUCUUACUUAUCUUCAUCUUCGUUAAGCCUUUUUGGUUUAGAGGAAAGAGAGAAGUGAUUGUGUUCAUUAUAUGCUGUGAUUCAUGAAAGCCAAUUUGUUGAAUUGUGUUCUCACUUCUGCCACCCUGAGAAGCUCUUGCCAAGUUAAAGCGGUUUGUGAUCCUGCGAGGAAUGUCCUCACUUCCUUCGGUGAAUUUGAAGUUUCUUGUACUGUAAGUUUUGGCUGAAUUGUCUUUCAAUUGAUCGCUUUGAUGCAAAGUUGCCUUAAAACUCACCUCCGAGAGAAGUUGUUCUACUUCGGCUGAGUUAACUGAGAAGUUGAUUCUUCUUCACUUUUCUGUCUCUGCAUCUUUGAUUAUUUUCCCUAUUGAAGUAUGGCUUUAUAUAUUAGGAAGUUGGAAGGUUUUUGGUUUGAUUAACUUUCUGAGACCAUCUUUCCGUUUGACCAGAAUUCCCAUUGAGAGGUUGCUGGUAGUUCAGACCAGGGGAGUUAUCUGUCAUCUACUGUGGGAUUUUUUUUCUUGUUCUUGUCAUGGAGAUUGACAUUAGUGAGAAGGAUAAGCUUGAGCCGGAGAAAGGGAAUGACGAUAACUCUAUGACCUAUCAAUCACCUGGUAGUUUAACUUCAGACUGGCAUUUUGCUGGUGCUAAUGUAACUACUUCAGCCCUCAGUUUGGUUCCUAGCGAUGACGGUCAGAUGAAUGCUUGUAGAGGAGAUUUAGUUGGUGUAGCUUCUUGCUCAUCUGCCACCAUGGAAGAAUCAUUUGCUCCACCUGGUCUGUGGGAUCACCAAACUAGUUCACAGAACACUGGGUUUUGUGACAUCAGUGUAGACACAGGAACUCCGGUAGGGAUUGUAACUAGUGGUCCUGUCUCUUUGAGAAGCAGUAUCGAUGGAGCUCUGCGUAUGGGUUGGAAUCCACCUAGUUCAGUGUUAAGGAGCGGUAUUUUCUUGCCAAAUGCCCAUGGAAUACUUCCCCCAAGCUUGUGUCAGUUUCCAGCUGAUCCUGCUUUCAUUGAGAGAGCCGCCAGGUUUUCAUGCUUCAACAGUGGAAAUAUUUGUGACAUGGCUCACCCUUUUGGAAUGUCCGAAGCUACGGGUCUUUACUCUAGGGGAGGGGGAAUGAUGCAGGGGCUGCAGGAGCUAUCCUUAGCUCAGAAGAAUAUGAUGCAUGGAGUGGGAUGUUCUGGAGAAGCAAGGGAUGCUUCUUUACACAUGGAUCAUGCGAAACCUGAAGAAAGCCCACUUGAGAGUGACAGAAAAAGUGAGAGCCUUGUAAGAUCUCAGGAUGAAGUAAAACUAGGAUUGGAUAGGUCUGGUAUUGACUCUGAUGAAGCUGAAUUUAGCGGUGGGGACCAAGAUGAUGCCACUAUGUUGGCGGCAAAUGGUGGAAAGUUAUAUGCUAAGGGCCUUAACUCAAAGAAAAGAAAGCGAAAUGGGCAGGACACCGAGCAUGAUCCAGGCAAGGUAAGCCAGCAAUCUGCAGGAGUUACUACGCAUGACCCUGAAGUUCAACGUAAGGGUGGUAAAAAUCUGACUUCCACAACUAACAAGACCUCUGGAAAGAAUGUGAAACAAGGAUCUCAAGCUUCUGAUCCGGCAAAAGAAGAAUAUAUACAUGUUAGAGCUCGAAGAGGACAGGCAACUAACAGUCAUAGUCUUGCAGAGAGAGUGAGAAGGGAGAAGAUCAGUGAAAGAAUGAAGUUUCUGCAGGACCUUGUACCUGGUUGCAACAAGGUGACGGGCAAGGCAGUGAUGUUGGAUGAAAUUAUUAACUAUGUACAAUCACUACAGCGGCAGGUGGAGUUUUUGUCAAUGAAGCUUGCAACAGUGAAUCCGAGGAUGGAUUUUAACCUGGAAGGGCUUCUAGCAAAAGAUAUCCUAGCGUCAAGAGCUGUUCAUUCAGCUAGUCUGCCCUUUUCACCAGACUUGCCUAUGUCUUAUGCUCCAUUACAUCCAUCUCAAUCAGGACUUGUUCCAGCUGGUUUUCCUGCCAUGGAGAAUCAUUCUGACACCCUUCGGCGAACUAUUGGUUCCCAGUUGACUUCUACAAGUGGAGAAUUUAAAGAGUCUGCUCAUCUACCAGGUUCCUGGAACAAUGAGCUGCACAAUGUUAUACAGAUGUAUGGGAGCAGUGGACCUCAAGAUAGCCAAGAGAUAACUGGGCCAGUUGCGGCAAGCAAUAUGAAGGCUGAACCUUGAUUUUUCGUCCUGGUUCUAAUGCAGCACGGCUACUAGUAUAUCAUUUCUUGAACAGCAGGGAUCUAGAGGACUAUGAAGAUUCGGGUCUGGAUUGCUUCUAACUCAUUUAGAUGAAAAGUUACUGUCUGGUCUCCUUGAUUGUCCCAUAGCAGCAUCGAUGUCCAUUAAAUUCAGUUCCUCAAUAUCAAUAGAGACUAGAGAGAAGUUCAUUUGUUUUGCCUUGUGUUAUAGGACGCAAAGGGAAGGAAAGGAAUGAUGAAUGAUGGAAGUUGGAAGAAGUGUACAGAUAGGAUGGUGGUGGUGGUGGUGGUGGUGGUGGAGGAUAAUGGAUGGUGGAAUCAAAGGUCGUGUAAACUACUAUCAUGAAUAUGUAUGUAUGAUAUAAGCACUGGAAAGACAUGGUCGUCUGGGUCUUCCCUCCCAUUCUUUUGUGUGCAAAUUGCAUAUAUACACAAAAUUGCACGAGCAUUCUGUUUCUUGACAUCUGCGUUUUUAGUAGUUUCCCUUUCUACUUUUUAAACCCAAGCAGGUGAACAUUUCGACUUGUUUGUUUCUUUCAGUCUAGUUUACCUCAUCUGUAACCGGUGGUUUCACUGAUGGAAUGUGUUCAUGAACUGUAUAUUUGGAAAGGUGACAGGCAAAUUUAUUGCUUAACUUGCUUGUUUGUUUCUUGAGUAGAAGGAAAUUGGACAGUGUAGCUGUUAAAAUGCCAACAUACGUUAAUUUAG